AUGCCAGGAACUAAAAGCCUACCAGUUAUCGACUUGAAUUUGGCUCUAUCCGAGGACACUAAACCGAAGCUUGUGGAGGAUCUUAGACGAGCCCUUACCGAGGUGGGAUUUUUUUAUGUGAUUAAUCCUCCUAUUGAAAACUUUCCCCAGCUUAUCAACGGAGUCAAAGAACAAGCUUUCAAAUUCUUCCACGACUUGCCUGCCGAUGAAAAGGACAAAAUUGAGAUGAUAAAUUCCAAGCACUUUUUAGGCUAUACCCGCCUGGGAAACGAAGUUACGUCAAAUAAAGUCGAUAUCAGAGAGCAAAUAGAUUUGGCCACUGAGCUACCUGCUCCAAAGAUUGCUUCCCAUGAUGAAAUCUGGAAGAACAUUGAAGGACCUAAUUUGUGGCCCAAUCAGGAACUACUGCCCGAUUUUAGACCUACUAUCGAGAACUAUCUAGAGAAAGUGUAUCAAUUUUCUCAAUGGUUCAGUGAGUUGGUACGUGAGGCACUACAGCUCCCUGAAGGCGCUUUCAGUAAGUACUUCAAACCAAGACAACAAUGUAAAAUGAAACUCAUCAAGUAUCCAGAGUAUAAAGAUGCAGAGAGUAGGUUGGACUUACUUCCAGAGAAUGAAGGCGUACCGCUGGACGAGACUCAAGGAUGUGGACCUCAUAGAGACUCCGAUUUCUUGACUUAUUUGUUCCAGGCCACUGCUCACGAAGCAUUGCAGGUUCAAGAUAUCUACCAUUCUGGUGAGUGGAUAACUGUGCCUCCAAUUGAAAACAGUCUAGUCGUUAAUGUUGGACAGACUUUAGAAUAUCUGACCAAAGGCGUAUGCCAUGCCACCAUCCACCGUGUAAUCACUCCCAGAAACGGUUCCGGUGAUCGUCUGUCGAUCCCAGUAUUCCAAACUAUUGACGUAAACUGUUACAAGUCACAACUAAAGGAUAUUCCCCAGGAGUUACUUGAUCUGAGAGACAAAAGAGACAAAGAAAUAAAAGGCGAAGCCAUCGGGUACCAAUUCAGCGUUGCUGAUGACACUUCAGAGGACGUCAGACCAGUUGGCUGGACUGUAUUCCAAAACAGACUCAAGUCCCACAGAAAUGUUGCCGCUAAAUGGUAUCCAAAAGAGUACAAAGAUACUAUGAAGCAAAUAGGUGUUUUUUUGGCUUGA